AUGUUAGUGUUCCUUGAUAUCCACAGUGGAUUUCUACAGAUGUUUAAUCAUAACUCCACUCUUGUCAAGUCCAGAGCAAACUCUGAUAUUCAGUACGGAAGAGGAGUUAUUGCUCAUAACAAGUCUGUUACCUUUUACCACCAUAUGGAUUUUUACAGGUCCCCAAAUUACACUACUGCUAAAAAACUUGCAACAGGUAUCUCUUGCUUUGAGCUGAUACCAUCAAAUAUCAACCUGAUAUGCCCAUCUCCUACCCAGAUUGUCUCCUACCUGUCUGUGGGAUGUCCAAAGGGAAGACACCUGGUUUUAAAACGGCCAGCUGCAAGUGAACCCUGUGAUACUGUUGAUACAUAUACUAUUGGAAAGGAACAUUUCCUGCAUUUGGAUGGGACAUCACCCACACAGGACAAGGUUGUCCAUUAUGACCUGGUCAGGUUGGGAUGUCCAGUUAGAGUGGACAGCAGUCACAACUUUUUGCCACAGUUAGAGCUGUAUGAUGGUGAGGAAUUUGUCCGUCCUGUGACUGGCAAUUUCAUACUAUGGGAGGAGCAAGGUAGAACAGACUACAGUUAUAAUGCUACCAUGAAACAGGCAGGGUGUCAUAAGGUGGCUCAGACUUGGUCACAGAUCAGAGACGAGCAGGGCAUGCUCACUGACUGGGGACAGGGGUGGGGUCCUUGGAAUUAUAGGAGCUGUUUUGAAGAGACAAACACAGUAAUUGACAGCAGUUUGCUGCAGAGACCGUAUCAGAUCCUGAACUCCACAGGUGUGUCUUGGUUACAGUUUCCUAACACCCACGACAGUAUGUAUACCUUCCGGGCCAGAAUUGUAGACCCCAACUACAGUUUCUGUGACUUAGAAAUCUCCUUUGCGGUACAGACAUAUGGAGCACAACAUCCCGAGGACCUCACGGUUACCAUGAUAACAGUGGGAGGCAUCAUGGGAGCAGUCCUCUUGGGACUGCUUGGAUCGUACUUUGUGUACCGCAAGCAAACCAGCCAGGCCUUUGCUACCAGGAUGAUGUUGGUGAAGAUGCUGCACAAGGAAGAUCAUUCACAUCAGAGGGAGAGCCCUGUUCCUAAAAAAAGAACCUCAGUUUUAGGGGAUAUAUGGAGCUAGUGGGAAAAGGAAAAAUGUUGGGUUAUUUGU